AUGCAAAAACUAGCCAAAGAAUCUAAAAUGGAUAAUUGUCUCUUUGGAAAAACAUUCAUGGAGAAAUGUAAAAUUAAUCAAACUAUAAAUAAAUCUGCAGUAGAUCUGCAGGAGCCAUUUAAACUGGCAGCGCCCCAAAAUAUCUGUACGUUUUCGGAAAAGUCAGUUUGUACUAAACAAGAGAAAGGAGCCUCGAAUACAAGAGAGAAACAGAAAUCAAUGGAGAUCAUCGAGAGGGAACCUAGCCAGAUACAAUUACCGAAACCGACAAAUUCAGUAGAGGUGUUCCCAAAAUAUCAAGCAACUUGGGACCCAAAUCCCGUAAUUGCAUAUUUGUCAUCUUUACAUCCCUUUUCUUCCCUAAGCUUUGCAGACCUAACCUAUAAGCUGGUUAUGCUGUUCGCCUUAGGCACAGCACAAAGAUUACAAACUUUUUCAAAAAUUAAAAUAGAUAAUAUUUAUCAAAGAACUGACUUCAUAGAGAUUUUAAUACCGGAUAUCCUAAAAACAUCAGGCCCCGGUAGGAUCCAACCUAGACCGAGACUCCCCUUCUUUAGAGAGACCCCAGAGCUAUGUCUAUCUAGCACAUUGAUAGAAUAUUUAAGUAGAAGUCAGAACAUAAGAAAUAAUAUACGGGAGUUAUUUUUGACCAUUAAAAAACCGUACCAUCCAGCCUCGACUCAAACUCUUUCCAGGUGGUUAAAGAAAAUUCUAGGCCUGGCUGGAAUAAAUACUGGUACAUUCUCUGGAUACAGUACUAGGCAUGCAGCUGUUUCUGCAGCCUACAGAUCAGGUACUAACAUUGAAACUAUAAGAGCCACAGUAGGCUGGUCAGAACGGUCCAACGUGUUUUUUAAGUUUUAUAACAGGCCGUUAGAUAGCAGUUUUUUCAUAAAUAGCGUACUAGCUGGUACGGAAAACAAACAACUCAGGUCGUGCAGGGAUUAA